UGGUUAUUUGAGCAUCUUUUAAUGCUUCUGAGCUGUGUAUGAAGAUUGCUUUCUUCGGAGGAGCUCCAGAUUUUAUCAAAAAGAGAAAUAUUUCUUUUUCUCUUCAAAAUGAAAAUGGACUUGGAGGUCAGUGAACCAAUAGACUUUAGUGCUGGAGACCAUCAACACCUGAUCCGGAAAGCAGCAGAUGACAACAUCCAGGCCAAAUCUAAUCGGUCCUACAAAACGUCACCUUCACUUGGGCCACAGCAAACUCAUGGGAAUCCACAUUCAAAGGCUAGUCAGCGAGUGGAUACCUAUGUGGUACAAAUUUCAGAGGAGACCGCCCCCAAUGACAGCAGUACUGUAGCCAACCCAUUCUCAGAAAGAUCUAUCCGCAGAGCUUUCAUGAUAAAAGUUUUCCUGCUUCUGUCAGUUCAGUUGGUGGUCACUGGGGCAAUUAUCAGCAUGUUUCUUUUCUGGAUGACUUUAAAAACUUGGGUGCUUGAGAAUGCCUGGUUCACUUAUGCAAUCUUGCCAGCAUUUUUCGUUGUAUUUAUUGUACUUGCUUGCUGUGGGAAACUCCGCCGUCAGGUGCCUGCAAAUUACAUUCUCCUGGGAUUAUUUACAAUUCUUCAAGGUCUACUGCUAGGAACCGUAUCAGUUUUCUAUAAAGCCGAGGAGGUGUUAUGGGCAGUAGCAGCAACCGCUCUGGUGACGUCAUCGCUCACUUUAUUUGCUCUUCAAACAAAAUGGGAUUUCACCUUGUUAAAUGGAACGCUGUUCGUUUUAGUCUUCAUACUUAUUAUCUAUGGAAUUCUCUUAAUCUUCAUACGAUCAUAUUGGUUACAUCUAUUGUAUGCUGGACUUGGAACUGUGAUCUUCUCACUUUACUUGGUGAUGGACGUGCAGCUGAUGAUGGGAGGGCGCCAUCAUUAUUAUAAGCUGGACCCUGAAGAGUAUGUUUUUGCUGCUCUGAACAUCUACUUGGAUAUAAUCAACCUUUUCCUUUUUAUAUUGCAACUGAUUGGACUGGUACGGUAG